AUGUCUGUCAUAACCAAAGCUACCAUUGCCUCUUUCGGAGGAAAGUUGUUGAAACUCUCUCACAAUGCCUCAACCACUGGCUGCGAGAUGGCUUUCAACUUGUUUCUACCUCCUCAAGCCACUACGAAUGCAAUGUACAAAGUGCCGCUGCUUAUAUUCUUAUCUGGUUUGACUUGCACACCCGACAACUGCUCGGAGAAGGGUUUCUUCCAGCAUGGCGCAAGCAAACAUGGCAUUGCUAUCCUCUACCCAGACACGAGUCCGAGAGGAGUCAACAUCGAAAGUGAAGACGAUUCGUACGACUUCGGUUCGGGUGCUGGAUUCUACGUCGACGCAACUGCUUCUCCUUGGUCCUCGAACUAUAAGAUGUACAGCUACAUUACCGACGAAUUACCCAGGACAGUAUUUUCCGCAUUCUCUCAAGUCGACUCAACACGCGUCAGCAUUACUGGGCACAGCAUGGGCGGCCAUGGAGCGUUGACACUGUUCUUGAAGAACCCGGGGAAAUACAAGAGUUGCAGUGCUUUUGCGCCUAUUGCAAACCCUUUGAAGGCUCCGUGGGGAGAGAAGGCAUUCAAAGGAUACUUUGGAGAGAAGGAUUGGCAGUCCAAGGGGAAGGAGCACGAUGCCUCGGAGUUGGUCAGAGGAUGGAAAGGGCCGCUUGAUAUUCUUAUUGAUGUAGGUACUGGAGACAACUUUUACAAGCAGGGCCAGCUCCUGCCAGAGAACCUCGCAAAAGCCGCCAAAGAAGCUGGGGUGGAUUCGGGCCUCAAUAUCAGAUUCCAAGAUGGUUAUGACCACAGCUAUUAUACUAUGGCCAGUUUCUCGGAUGACCAUGUCCAACAUGCCGCGAAGUAUCUCUUCACCUAG